GAAACAUUCUGUGAGGAAGAAGAACAGAGAAGGAGGGCCACCACAAAGAAAGAAACUUUUGUCCUUUGUGUGGGAAGAAAAGUUUUGCUCAUGGAGGCACAAAAUGGCCAAAAGGACUGUGUGGAUACCAUUGAUGACACCCACAUCCAUGAAUUUGAAGUAGCACAAUGGAUCAAGAUCACCCUUGCGCUGAUCUAUGUUGCCAUCUUUGUGGCAGGCAUCCUGGGCAAUAGCAUCACCAUCCACGUUACCAAAGCACUGCAGAAGAAUGGCUACCUGCAGAAAGAAGUUGCAGACCACAUGGUUAGUCUGGCCUGCUCAGAUCUGCUGGUCAUCUUGCUGGGGAUGCCUGUGCAGUUCAUCAGCGCAAUAUGGCGCCCUUUCUCUACCCCUCAAGGUGACCUAGCUUGCAAGCUGUACUGCUUCCUUUUUGAAGCCUGUAGCUAUGCCACUGUGCUGCAUGUGGCCACCCUAAGCUUUGAAAGAUACAUUGCCAUCUGCCAUCCGUUCAAGUUCAAAGCUACUUCUGGACCUUGCAAAGUGAAGAUCCUCAUCACCUUUGUCUGGAUUACAUCUGUCCUGGUGGCUUUGCCUCUUCUUUUUUCAAUGGGCACGGAGUAUCCCUUGGAAGUUAUCCAGGGCCACCGUGGGUUGAUUGCCUGCAACAGAUCCAAGCCCCAGCACAACAUGGACUACAAAUCAAAUAUGACUGUGUGCACCAACUUGUCCUCCAGAUGGAGAGUCUUUCAAUCUGGUAUCUUCACUGCCUUCAUCGUAUACGUUGUGGUAUUGGUCUCCGUAGCUUUUAUGUGUCGGAAGAUGAUGAAAGUCCUGAUGAUGCAUAAGCAAGGGACCCUUGCAGUGAGAGGAGAAACGGCCAGUCAGCACCAAUACCUAAGGAAAACGGAGAAUCCUGAGGGCAAGAGUGCCAGGAAGCAGACCAUCCUCUUCCUAGGGUUGAUUGUUGCAACUCUGGCAAUAUGCUGGUUGCCAAAUCAAGUUCGAAGGAUCAUGGUUGCUGUCAGGCCUAAGCAGGACUGGACGGUGUCCUACUUCAGAGCGUAUCUCACCCUGUUCCCUAUAGCCGAUACCUUCUUUUACCUCAGCUCUGUGGUGAAUCCACUCCUGUACAAUAUCUCCUCCCGACAGUUCCGGAAUGUCUUUAUUCAGGUCCUCCGUUGUCAUCUGACACUAGAACAUGCCAACAAACAGAAGCUCUUAAGAACCAAUUUGAAUUCUACAGCCAGGAGUGGCCGCUCCCGGCACCCAUUGAUCUUCAUGUCAUCCAGACGCAAGUCUUCUACCAAGAGCGCUAACAAGGUUUCCUUAAGUACUUUUCAGAGUGAGGCCAAGCCUGACUGCAGUGUGCAGAAAUUGAGUCUUGAAUCAUUGGAGCUGAAUGUGAAAACAAUGCCACAAGAGACCAGCACAGGCCCUAGUAACCAGAAUGGCCUUUCUGCAUGA